UUUUACUUUUUUUUAGUAGGGGCGUGCCACCCUCCGAAAGCCGAUUCAAGCCAAAGUUGAGGUCGACGUGUCUGAGUUGUAUCUUUUCUUCCUUUCGCUCAAGUUUCUCAGAUCUGCCUCCGGUUCAUUCUGCGUAGCCCUAUUUGUUCUUUUUCUUCAUCCAUUAGAUUCUAUAGGAUUUGCGACAUGGUCUCACAGCUUUGGACCGCUUGCUCUGAGGGAAACCUCGAAACAGUUCUUGGCAUACUCAAUGAUGCAUCUUCGGUCGAUAUCGAGAUCAGAGAUCACACAGGGUCCACCCCACUCAUCGAAGCAGUCAAGAACGGACAUGUUGAUGUGGUGAAGGUGCUACUCGACCGAGGUGCCGAUCCUUCUUUUGCAUCGGUGCAUGGCCAUCCAGAAAUGUACACAUCUGAUGCUGCGAUCUUGGAGCUCUUCAAUAAUGCCCAAAACAAGCCCGCGCCCAAUGGUGUACCCGCACAAGAGCAAGGCUACACUCAGGAUUCGAUGAUUAAUCCUGUGAAACCCUACUAUCCUGUCCCCGCUGGACCUUAUGCUUAUUACCCAGGCGUACCCCCUAUGCCGACAUUGCCCGAUGGCUCUCCUGCGUAUUAUGCGCAGACCCCCAUGCAAAUGGGUGAAAACGGAGGUUUUGGUAACCUUCCUCCGCCGGAAGUGGCACGUUUCAUUCCUUGCAGAUACUUCCCUGCUUGUCGUUACGGUUCUGCUUGUCUCUUUGCGCAUCCCCAAGCUGGCCCAUAUUAUUCUGCUCCCCCACCGCCCCCUGCCCAAUAUCCCACUCCUUAUGAUCCAAUGACUCAACAACCUUAUGCCCCUAAUUAUUACGCUGUACCUCCGCCUACAUAUCACCCACCAAGUUCGGUCCCUCCUCACAUCAACCCCGCAUCGCCUACCGCAGGUCCCGUUCACACUCCUCCACACCCACCGAUGGCUCAUACUAGGUCUGGUUCAGAAGCGAUAUCGCCUGUCCAGGUUCCGUUCAGCCCUUCCGCUGCGCCUGCACCGGUACCAUACGGUGCUGUAUCACCUGUAUCACCAUCGUACCCACCACCAUCUCAUGUACCUCUUCCACUUUCUAUCCCUUCGCUUCCACCUCCCCAUCAACCACCUAGUGCGCCAGGUCCGCAAUCACCGCAGACAGUAUAUCCGAAUGGGCCGAUUUCUGCACCUCCAUUCGCUGUUCGUCAAGAUCCUGUACCAUAUCAAUCUCAUGGCCCGCACCACCAGCACCACCAUGGAUUCAAUGAAACCAAUGGUGGGCCAAAGCCGCCUCAUACUGAGGGCUUUGGCCACGGUCCAGUGUUUCGCCAGGGCGUGAAUCAAAAUCGCCGGGGUAGUAUGAGGCGUGGAUCCUUCGGUGGGAGUCGUAAACCGGCCUGCCUAUUUUACCCUACAGGCAGGUGUAGAAAUGGCGAUGAUUGUCGUUUCCCUCAUGUUCUUCCUGACGUUACGAAUACUCAUCCUACUCAUUUUAAUGGGAGGGGACCACGUCCAAAAGAUAACGCGCGGAACGGACCGAACGGUAUUCCUACGAUUGAGGAAAAAAUGGCUAACUUGAAUGUUCGAGAAGAUGCUCAGCCUCGCGUGAACGGCACCGCAGCUUCUAGCCGAUCUCAAUCGACAGACGGCAGCCGCUCGAGGGGAACAAAAUCCAAUGGUCCGUCUCGGGCGGAGAAAAAACUUACCCCAAAGCAGAGGGUUCCCAAUGCAGAUGAGUUCCCUGUACUUGGGGGUUCGACAAAUUCGUCGAGAAGCUCCGUCAAUGGGUCGUGCGGUCCGACGGCAGCACAAGUGCUUCAAGCUCCCGCGCCCGCCCGCAAAGAAACUGCAAAAGACCUAGCGACUCGAGCUGCAUCUCCAGAACAGAAUUCUGUAAAAAACCAGGCUGAAUCGAAGCCUGCUGGGGUCAAUGGCGUACAGCCUCAUGGCACGCCUGCUACUGUCCCACCACCUGCCAAGUUGCCCCUCUCUUUUGCAGCUGCAGCGACGGGUACCGCGCCUGACGUCGCGAAGGAGGUGUCUGUCUCUGCGUAAAACGGACCUAUCUUUACAUCUAUGACAUCAUCGGGUUCUGGCUUUACUUUAAUAUGAUAUUUCUUGUUUCAUUCAUUCGACUCCAUUUAUUUAUCCUUGCUACCAUAUUUUUCCGCUUCUGUUUCUGGAUCUUUUCCGCAUACACAUUAUUCAUUGCCAUGAUUUCACAGUUGUCCUUUUCGUCUGGUCAACACAGCAUUACAGUUUUUUCCACUCGGCUCGGUACCCUUGAUAUCUAGAAGAGUCCAAUUUUUUUUCUCUCAUUGUGCUCUUGUCUCAUCUAUCUACUGGUGUUGAUCUGUCUGCUGGGGUAUACAUACUAUUUACAUCUACUUCGACACUGACUCCCUCUCCCAUCUCAUAUCAUGUCUUGCUCACAUUCAGUAUCAAUAUCGCA